UCUCCCUUUGUUUCAAAUCCUUCAGUUCCAAUGGCUUCUACGGUUUCAGAUAAGAACAGAAAUCUCUAAUAAACUACUAGAAAUUUCUAACUCUCUCUCUUCCUCUCUGCAAUUCUCAAUCAUGGUGACAAUUUUAUCCAAUCCGACUUCACUUCGUUUAUCGUUCCCUUCUGUCUGUUCGAUCUCGUCAACAUGGAACUCGCACGCAAACUGUUUGAUUGGUUCGACUUCUACGAAGAAGCUCUUGUUUCGGUCUCAGAGCAAAGGGAGUAAAGGGUUUCGUGCUGUUUCGGUUCCGAGACAUGUAAUUAGCUGUGGUCUUACGGAGAUUAAUGAGACACAAUUCUCGGACGUGGUUCUGACCUCUGAUGUUCCUGUUCUGGUCGAAUUCGUGGCUGAUUGGUGUGGACCGUGUCGGUUAAUGUCCCCGGCGAUUGAGUGGGUUUCACAGGAAUACAACGACAAAUUACGGGUUGUAAAGAUCAACCAUGAUUUGAAUCCUCGACUGAUUGAAGAGUACAAAGUUUAUGGAUUGCCGACACUGAUUCUAUUCAAGAAUGGACUGGAAGUCCCGGAGAGCCGGUGGGAAGGUGCAAUGACAAAGGUGAAGAUAAAAGAGUACAUUGAUGCUCUUCUGGAGUCAGUAUCAGUCACAUAGUUAUCUCUGCAAGUUAGAUCUCCUACCUUAACUAAAGUUCCAUAAAGAGAUGUGAUCCCAAAAUUCCAUUUGUUUA